ACACACACGGGCACACACACGCACGGGCACACACACGCACGGGCACGCACACACACACACGCAGAGGCAGGCCACUGGCACGACGGCUUUUGUGUGAGGCAGCGGUAGCCCGUGACGCAUGCCCGGUUGACGCAUUCCCGUGCAGCAGAGUUAAAGCGCCCGCAGAGGCGCGCGCUAGAACAGAGGCGUGGCGCUGCUGCUGGUGCUGCACGGUGCUGCGGCGGACUCGCGCUGCCGCUGCUGCUGGGCACUUGCUGAAGAAGCUUGCACCACGUGGAGCAAUAACGUCGGACAUCGGACCGAGCUGAGCGCGGUCGAACCCAAACGCACGUGGCGCAGCGCUGCGGCGAGCGUCAAUGCUUGCUGCGCAGCCUCAGGGCACCGAUGUCUUCUGCAGCGAAUGUUGGCUGGCACAGCAUCGCCAAGGGUGGCAUCGUCAUCCCUCGCCCACCCGUGGCCCCGAGAGAGCGGGCACAGCGUGGCACCCCCAGGGACCCCGCCGCUCUCUCCCUGCCACCCAUCGGGAAUCGCGGGGACCCCGGGCCCUGCACCCUAAGGAGAGGGGACGCAUCUUCCUUUCGGGAUCAGCAGCAGCACCGCGCCAUGCCUCGCCGUCUCCUCGCCCUGCAGCCGAAGCAGACGCUGCGGCAUUCGUGGCCAGGGUUUGUCAGGGGACCCCAAGGGAUGGGACAUCGGGGAUACUUCCUCCUUGGGGGUCGGAGUGAGGGUAGACUUUGUCAGCCUAGGCCCCCCGCGGGCGAGAAGGGGGGCACAGCAGAGGGGGGCGCCCUCCCGGGUGCCGAAGGAGACCCGGCGGCUCCGUUCUCCCUGUGCCUCACCCCGGAGGCCAUCGGAGUCCUGCAGAAGAGGAGGCUCGCCCAGGGGCUGCGGCUGGGAGGAGUGGAUGAGGAGGGAGAGAAGGAGAGACGAGGGCAGGCGGGGAGGGGGAACGGGCGGGGGCGAGGCGUGGGCCACGUGGCGAGUGGAGAACUGGUCCAAGGAUUGGGAGGCGAGAUCUUCAGCGAGACGGAGGUGCCGAAGGGACUUCUCAGGAUUUCCCUGCUCAACGACAGACACCGCUACGACGACGUGGAGUACGAGGACGAUGAUGACGACCGUGGUGGCGGUGGUGGUGAAGGCGGUGGUGGUCGUGGUGGUGAAGGCGGUGGUGGUGGUGGUGAAGGCGGUGGAUUGAAGGCAGCCAGGACGCUGCAUGUGGACGCAGGCGUUCGUGACAAGUGCAUGAGGUGGCUGCGAGGGCUGGAGGAGGCAAGGGGAGGUCACAGUCUGCCUCACCUCAUUCUCUAGACAUCAUCAAAAGUCUUCGCUUAGGCUGGAGGAAUCCGAUGAGCUAUGAAGCUCUUUUUUCACAGAUGUUCAGUAGGGGCGGUCGGAAAGUUACAUCAUCAGCAUCAGCAUCGUCACGUUGCCAUGAGAUAAUCCCGAGCAUAAUAGUUGAAUUCACAACAAUCAUAAUCAUGUUUAAUAUACAUUUGCAUAUUCUUAGUUCUUUCAGUAAAGUCACGUUGAUGGGAAACAAUAAAAUAAUAAAAUUUAUAUAAAACAAUAAAA